GCGCAAUGGAGCAGCAACUUGAACGGCAUGUAUAGGCGGAGACGCGGUUGCUGGAAAACCCCUGUAGUCGCUUGACUUGCCCGAGGCGUCAUAGCGCGGAAUCCUAUCUCUACCUCCUCAAAUUCCUCUUCUACCUCUCCAUUCCGUUAUUGCUAUCUCCCUUCUAUGAGGCCACCUAACGGCGUUCUUCUAUACCAAGAAUUGUAUCAUGCUGCCGCCUUCUUCUGUUGCCUCUGCAAACUCAGCGUGUCUGGAUCCGCAGCAGCGGCUUACGUUCAACGACAGAGGAGACAUGGAGACAGGGAGUAUCAUACUCAAAACACAAAGAGACUGGAAUUCUUUCGAACAGUCUUAGGUCGAAUGAUGGCCGAUUCCCGAAAACACGCACUCCUAAAGUAUUUGUGUACGAAGCCUUUCCGAUUAACCUUUUUGGAUAGGUAAGACCUCAGUUGGCCAGGAUACAUACCUAGGAAAAGACACCAUGAAGCCAGUGCCAUACAUCUGAAACGACGAAUCAGCCUCAAUACGGA